AUGUCUUCUAACUGUACAAAGGUCGGACCUGACUGCCCUGCAGAUGGCUCGGGCCUCAGCUAUCCUCCCAGUCUGGUAGCCAGCAUCAUCUUCACAGUUAUAUUCUGCACUUCUCUCGCAAUUCACAUGUUUCUGGGAAUAAAGCUGCGAACAUGGAGUUUUCUUGCCUGUUAUAUUUUAGGAUCAACGUCUGAGGCAGUGGGGUAUAUCGGACGUAUCUUUCUCCAUAGUAAUCCUUACAAUCUGUCUACUUUCCUUGUGCAAAUUGUUUGCCUCACAACGGGGCCAGCAUUUUAUUCAGCAGGGCUAUAUCUGUGCCUAGCAAGAAUCAUUGUAGUUUAUGGAGAGAAGAUUUCACGUCUACGCCCUAUAUGGUAUACUCGGAUUUUUAUCACCUGUGAUAUCAUCUCUCUAUCUCUGCAAGGUGCUGGAGGUGGGGUAGCUUCAUCAGCCACAAAGCAAUCGACUCUGUCAAUGGGAAAUGAUAUUAUGCUUGCGGGGUUAAUCUUUCAGAUCUUCACCCUUGCCUUAUUUGCGAUUCUCUGCCUCGAGUUUGUCUGGCGCCUUCGUCGCAACUCCAACAAUUUGAAGAUCGAGUUUCAGCAUAUUCGAGAAAGUAGACAGUUUCGAGGUUUCCUCGUGGCUGCUGUGGUUACAUUUGUGACGAUCUUCAUUCGCUGCGUCUACCGUGUUGUCGAGCUUGCAGGUGGAUGGAAUAACAAGUUGCAACGAGAAGAAACUCCGUAUAUUAUUCUGGAAUCAGCGAUGAUUUCGGUUGCUGUGUUCGCGUUUUCUAUCUUUCACCCUGGUCGGGCAUUCGGGGAUACGUACGACAAUUUGCAUACCACAUCCAAAAGAAAUUCAAAAGAAGAAGAUGCUGAAAUGAAAUUAAUGCCCCCACCGGUUGGUGCCUAGGGUGUUCUCGUGUGUGAAAUCGGUUUAGUGUGCGAAGGAGGGAAGCAAUAGACGUAAAGGCCUUUCAUGGUCUGUAAUUUAAGGUACUAGUUCGUUAUAGAUAUUAUUUCGUUAUCCUUCAAUAGAAUUCUAAAUUUCCU